AUGAUCAACUGCCCUGAAAACGAAGACGUUCAAAAAUCUUGUGAGAAGGAUUCAGAUAAGGGCAGCCAGGAAAGAAAUGAUUUCACGGAGUCCACCACGUGCCUAAUUCCCCUAGCUAGAGUCCGCCGAAUCGUCAAGAAAGACCCGGAAAUCAAGUCAAUUGCAAGUGAUGCAUGCUUUUUAAUCGCUAAAGCGACUGAAAUAUUCAUAGAACACUUGGCUGUGCUCUCCUAUGCAGAAAUGAAAAAAGCUGGCCGAAAAAAUAACAUCCAAUACAAGGAUUUAUCAUUAUCUGUUCUCUGCGACACAAUGAAACCAACAGCAAAAGUAGUCAAAGAAGUGGAGGAAAUGGAAUUUUUGAAUGAUAUUAUUCCGGAGCAGUCAGAUAUAUGA